GUGUGUCAUUUCCUUUCUUCAUGGAUCAGAUGUUGAAACAGUAUGAGAAAGAAAUUUUAGGCUUCAAUAGUGAGGAGAGGGAAGUGGGAAAAUCAGUGCUGCCUUCUUUACAACCAACGAAGCAUGGAGCAUCAGAAUCUAUUUCAUGACCAACAGGAGGACAAUGACAGCUUUUCCGAACCUGUGAAAUUCGAUGCUCGCUCAAUGAGGGCUUUGCUCUCUCCCAAACCUAAAAAUGUCCCUGCUCUUCACGAGAAGUUGAAGUGCUUCAAAGCUGCACUAAUUACCCUCUAUCUCCUCGUGUUUGCUGUCCUCAUACCUAUCAUUGGAAUAAUGGCAGCUCAUCUCUUAAAGUGGGACACAAAGAAUUGCCUUGUUGAUUCAUCUCAAAGUGCAAUGAGAAAAGGAAAUGACAGUGAAGAGGAAAUGAGACUUCAAGAAGUUGUGACAAAACACCUGAACAACACGGAGGAGAGAAUCCAACAUAUUUUAGACAUAGAAGCCAAUCUCAUAGAUGAAGAAUCUUUCCAGAAUUUCAGCAUAAAGACUGAUCAAAGAUUUGAUGGUUUUCUCCUCCAACUAAGUGCUUUGGUUACCUCAGUUCAGGAACAUGGGAAUACAAUAGAUGGAAUCUCAAAGUCCUUAAUAAGCUUGAAUGCUACCUUGCUUGAGACGCAGCUCCGUGUAGAAUCAUUGAAUAGUAAACUCGAAGAGUUUACCUUGAAGCAGCAAGAGGAAAUCCGUAAGUUAGAAGAGCACAUGUAUAAUGCGUCAGCAGAAAUUGAGUCUAUGAAAGAAGAACAAGCACUUGUGGAAGGGGAAAUGAAGAGAGAAGUGAAAGUACUGAAUAACAUCACUAACGACCUCAGGCUGAAGGACUGGGAGCAUUCUCAGACACUGAGAAAUAUCACUUUGAUUCAAGGUCCUCCAGGACCUCCAGGGGAAAAAGGUGACAGAGGACUCAUUGGACUAACUGGUCAUCCAGGCCUGAUGGGCCUGAGAGGUCCUCCAGGUGAAAAAGGUGACCGUGGCUUUCCUGGAAGUAAAGGAUUCCCAGGACCACCAGGAAGGACAGGACGGACAGGAAAUCCUGGAUCAAAAGGACAAAAGGGAGAAAAGGGAAGCUACAUAGGUCAUCUUUACUCCUGACUUCCAAGACCCCUUUACGGCUCCUCCAGCUGACCUUGCUUGCACAUCUGGCUCCUACCUGUCUUUCUCUUCUGAUCCAUGGUACUGUCGGAGCCUCUGCCGCCAUGUUCAUAGCCCUCCCGACUCCCUCGCCAGCCUCCCACUUCUCUGCCACUCCUAGCCUGGAGGUCCCCUCGGAUGACUUGUGGGCU